UUUAUGGACCCAGCACAAAACUUAAUCGCUGUCGCCUAUAUCGUUGAUAACACGACAGUCUAUAUUAACCUUAGGGCCCUGGAUGGUGAUGGUGUUCACCCUGAGGCUGCUGGAGAGAGACUGUUCCUGUUGGAUGAUUGGAAAAUCCGUUUCCAACCGAGAAGGACAAAGCUCAAAGGUUUGGGAGGCAUAUCGCAUUGUCGUGUCGCUUGCCCAAUGAAAAUUGGAAUCGGUUGAACGAGGUCAUGUGGCAGCUGCAGAUUUGGGACUGGAAAUACUCGACAAUAUCUAGUAGCAUCCUCGCAGCACUCAACGGAUCCGCCCUUCUAGUUGAUUUUUGUUUCCUUGGGAAUAAUCGAUUGCUGGUUAUAACCGAUAACUUGAAUCUCUAUUCAAUUGAGAACAUAUCCCAACCGCCGGAAUUGCUGGCGUGUUUCCUUAUGCCCAUCUCAUGGGAUUUACAGUACCUCUCUCCGAUAAAUGAUAUCGGGUAUGGCUCACAGCCACACAUGCAAGCCCAAGCGACGAUGUGCACCUCAGACCCCACACAUCGACUCAUAUGCCUUACUGCGUUUACUCGAGUUGGUACUCAAGUUUUCAUCAUUUCCACGAGGAUUUUCUUCGAUCUCAACGGAGUGGCAGCAGCAACGCCAACACCAUGGCAACAUUGGGGCCCCUCAAAUACUCGUAUCAUUUGGCACCCAUUUCAUUUCAAAAUUCACAUCAACGGAAACCGAGUCUUGCACACACUCCCUCUCGGCGCGCGCAACUUACAGUUUAUACUGAAUCUAUUGGACUUUAGCCCGCUAGCUGUGACAAACAGGCGGGGUCUAGGACGAGUGGUGAAAGAGCCGUCCACGACAUACAUCGGUGCCGAUGGAUUUGGAGAGAGCUUGACAACAUCCCUGCCUUACGUCGAAGUCGUAUUUUCGCACAGAACGUUCGAUUGUGCUGGUUCACUGUUGAGGGACAUGUGGAUCGACAAAGAUGGGAUUUAUAUGCUCUCCGGAUCAGGAUCUACUGACAGACUUGAGGUCAUCGACGUCCGGUCCGACCUACCGAGCGAUGUGGUGUCAACUAGUUGAUGAUUAGCUAGGUACUUAUGGAGAUCACUGGUCGAGGAUACCAUCUUCAUUCGUCCAAGGCCUAAAACAUCAAGUCCUUCUUUGUUGUUAUUUUUUUUUUUCGAUUUGCACCAGUGCCAUUAUAUCUGCAAAGAGCUGUAA